AUGUCUGAUACGUCAGGUGCUAUAAAGCGUGAAACUUCUGAUUCAGAUAAGAUCGAUGACAAUCCAACUAAUGAGAAUGAAUUGACAUUUGAUGAAGAAUUCAGAAGAGCUGAUCAAGAACAGGACGCAGGAGAUGACGAAGAUGAAGAAGAAUCAGUGAGUUUGAAACGUAAGAGAGACGACAACGAGCAAGCUGAUGGACAAGAUGACGAAGAACAAGAUGACGAAGAGGAUGAAGACGACGAGGAUGAUGAAGAUGAUGAAGAUGAUGAAGAUGAUGAAGUCAGUGGAAGAAAGAGAAAAAGAAGAAGAGGUGCCAACCAAUUUAUCGAUAUCGAAGCCGAAGUCGAUGACGAAGAAGAAGAUGAACUUGAUGAAGAUGAUGAAGAAGCAGAAUUGUUACGUCAACAGUUUAUUACCGAAGAUCAUGCCGUUGAUGAUACUGAUAAGGCACAUCGUGAUGAUAGGUUACAUAGAGAAUACGAUCGUCGUCGUCAAGAAGCGGAAGACCAAGAUGCAGAACAAUUAGCUGAAACAUUGAAACAAAGAUAUAGAAAGACUCAUACUGUUUACAGAGGUGAAACUGCAACUAGUGGAACUGUUUCACAAAAAUUAUUAAUGCCAUCCAUCAAUGAUCCUUCAAUUUAUGCCAUUAGAUGUACUCCUGGAAGAGAAAAAGAUUUAGUUCGUAAGUUGUAUGAAAAGAAGAGAACUUUAGAAAGACAGAAUAAUGCAUUGGAUAUUUUGACUGUUUUCCAAAGAGAUUCCUUUAGAGGAUAUAUUUAUAUUGAAGCAAAAAGACCCGAUGCCAUUGAUAAAGCUUUAACUGGUAUGGUGAAUAUUUAUGUCAGAGAUAAGUUAUUGGUCCCCGUUAAGGAAUAUCCCGAUUUAUUGAAACAAGUGAAAUCCUCUGAUGUUGAACUUGUCCCUGGGAUUUAUGUUAGAAUUACUAGAGGUAAAUAUAAAGGAGAUCUUGCCAUUGUUGAUAAUUUAUCUGAAAAUGGGUUAGAUGUUCGUUGUAAACUUGUACCAAGACUUGAUUAUGGAAGAAAUGACGAAGUAGAUAAAGAAGGAAGAAAAAUAAAGCUGAAGGUUAGACCCUUACCUAGACUCUUCAAUGAGCAAGAAGCAAGAAUGUAUGAUGGAGAUUAUUUACAACCAGGAAGAGGAGCUCGUAAUUACAUCUAUAGAGGGGAAGAAUAUAUCGAAGGGUUCUUAUAUAAGGAUUUCAAAUUACAAUUUGUUCAAACAAAAGAUGUUCACCCAACAUUAGAAGAGUUGGAUAGAUUCCAAACUGGUAAUGAAGAAGAUGGAUUAGAUUUAUCUGCCAUUGCUGCCUCAUUGAAAAGUAAGAACAAGACUGAAGGUAAACAAUCUACUGCUUUCCAACCGGGUGAUAAGGUUGAAAUUCGUCGUGGUGAACAAGCAAAAACAAUAGGUAUAGUAGUUGAAGCCUCCCUAAAUGAAAUCACAAUCUCUGUCACCGAUAGUGGAGAUCCAAAAUUCGUGAAUCAAAGAUUAACUGUCCCUGCCAAUGAUUUAAGAAAAAUCUUCCAUGAAGGGGAUCAUGUUAGAAUUGUUGAAGGGAAACAUUUUGAUGAAACUGGUUUAGUUAUCAAAAUUGAUGGUGAUUCAGUUGUUCUUGUAAGUGAUCAAACUAGAGAAGAUGUUCGUGUAUUUGCUAAUUAUUUAGUUAAAGCCACUGAUGCAUCUUCAAAUGCCGAUUCAGCAAAUAGUAAAUAUGAUAUUAAAGAUUUGGUUGAAUUGAAUGCAUCUACAGUUGGGGUGAUCAUAAAAGCCGAAAAGAAUAUUUUUGAAAUUCUUACAUCUGAUGGUCGUAUAUUACCGAUCAAACCUUCUGGGAUUGCAUCAAAAUUGAUUUUAAGUCGUCGUGAACAAGUUGCUACCGAUAGAAAUGGUUUUACUAUUAAAGUUGGUGAUACUGUUAGAGAAUCACUUGGUGAUAAAAAGAGAGAAGGGGCUAUUUUACAUAUCUAUAAGAAUUCCUUAUUUAUUAAGCUGAAUGAAAUUGUUGAAAAUUUGGGUAUUUUCGUCACUAAUAGAAUGAAUGUAAAUACUAUUAGUACCAAAGAUUCAAUCAUGUCCAAGAAUCUUGGUCCUGAUUUAACUUCCAUGAAUCCAAAUUUGAAAUUAACAUCCCCGGCAGCAGUUUCUGGUUUGAAAACAAGAGCAGGUGGGAGAGAUAAAUUGUUAUAUAAGGAUGUUGCGGUAACUAGUGGAAGUUAUAAAGGAUUGAAAGGAAAAGUAGUCGAAGCCGAUGAAGUAUAUGCUAGAAUCGAAUUACAUACCAAGAGUAAAAAAAUCAAAGUUCCUAAAAACAGUUUGAAUGUUUUGAUCAGAGGUGAAGCUAUUCCUUAUUUACGUUUCAUUGGUGCCAAUCCUGGACAACCUGGUCCUGGCGGAUUUUCAAAGCCAAGAACUGGCGCACCGGCAUUCUCAUCCGGUGAAAGAUCAGCCUGGAAUGGAGGUGUUACACCUGCGGCAGCCGGGGCUGGUUCGACUUGGGGUGGUGCAUCAGCUUGGAAUGGAGGAAAGACUCCUUCUUAUGGAAAUACGUCUACUUGGGGUGGAGCAUCUGCGUGGAAUGGAGGUAAGACUCCUCGUGGGAACUCAACAUGGGGUGGUAACCCAAGUAGUAGUGGUAGUUCUGCAGGUGAUUCAUCGGCUUGGGGAGGAAGUGGUGGUGGAAAUUCGACUUGGGGUAGUAAUAAUAAAGGAGGUAAUUCUACUUGGGGUGCAGAUAAAGGAAAUGGAUCUAAAUGGGGAGGAGCAGGAGGUAAUAACUCUACAUGGGGAUCUAGUGGAGGUAAUUCCACCUGGGGUGGAAAUAAGAAGUGA